GGGAGAGAUCGCCAUCCAUCCUUCAGCAUCCAUCAGAGAGGAGUCCGCGCGACCGGAUGGGAAGGCACGAGGAGGAGCGCCUGGAGAGGAGGUGAGGAGGAGGAGAGGGAAGAAAAGGAGGGAGAAAAAGAAGGAUAGAAAGAAGGGAGAGAAGAGGAGAAGAGGAGGAUAUAGGAGCGCACGAGCCAAAACCUGGACCUGGUGGAUGCGCGCGCCGUGGGAGUUACACAACCUGCUAUAAUAGCAUCAUUUGCACGCGCGCGCUCUACUGCUGCUGCUGCUGUUCUGCAUCCUUAUCUACCGAGACUGCAGAUCAGCAUCAGGACCAGAACCGAGAGCAGGAACAGGACCCUGCCCAUUCCAUCCAGCGCAAACACAGAGGACCCCCGGCCUGGAAAAGCCAAGCCUGAGCAUAUUGGAGGCUUAAGUGCUCCCCCCAUCCCCCCUCAGCCCCCCUCCACAACCCCUGCCCCCCCCCCCACACUCCGGUCCAGGCAGGACUAAGGCAGGCAGGAUAAGCUCGUGCUGCUGCUGCUUCUGUUGGUGGUGGUUCACUCAGUGAAGGGUGAAGAUGUCUGGGCAGACACUGACAGACCGCAUCGCUGCGGCCCAGUACAGCCUGACCGGCUCUGAGGUGGCCCGGGCUGUCUGCAAGGCCACCACCCACGAGGUGAUGGCACCCAAGAAGAAACACCUGGAAUAUUUGAUCCAGGCGACACAGGAGUCAAAUGUGAACAUCCCGCAGAUGGCCGACACGCUGUUCGAGAGGGCAGGGAACGCCAGCUGGAUUGUUGUCUUCAAGGCUCUGGUCACCACACACCACCUCAUGGUUCAUGGCAAUGAGAGAUUUAUCCAGUUUCUUGCCUCCAGGAAUACACUUUUCAACCUCAGUAACUUUUUAGACAAGACUGGCUCUCACGGCUACGACAUGUCUACCUUCAUAAGGCGCUACAGCAGAUACCUGAAUGAGAAAGCCUUUGCUUACAGACAGAUGGCUUUUGACUUUGGCAGAGUGAAGAAAGGGGCUGAUGGUGUGAUGAGGACGAUGACUACAGAUAAGCUUUUGAAAGGCAUGCCCACCCUGCAGAGUCAGAUCGACGCCCUGCUGGAGUUUGACGUCCAUCCAAAGGACCUCAUCAACGGCGUGAUCAAUGCUGCAUUUCUACUGCUCUUCAAGGAUCUGAUCAAGCUGUAUGCCUGCUACAAUGAUGGAAUCAUUAAUCUUCUAGAGAAAUUUUUCCAGAUGAAAAAAGGACAGUGCAAAGACGCUUUGGAAAUCUACAAAAGAUUCCUGACGAGAAUGACCAGAGUUUCAGAGUUCCUCAAAAUUGCAGAGCAAGUCGGAAUUGACAAGAACGAUAUCCCAGAACUUACUCAGGCACCUGAGAGUUUGCUGGAGUCUCUGGAAACACAUCUGAACACUCUGGAGGGAAAAAGAGGGUCACCGACUAAGAAAGUGUCUGCAGCCAGUAACGGGACUCCUGCAGGAACUCCUGUGAAGAGCGCCGAGGCUGUUUCUGCACCGGUCAGUGCAGCAGCUGCUGCCCCACAGGCUCCUGCAGCCGAGCCUAAAGCAGCACCACCUGCAGCCACAGCAGCAGCAGCAAACAGUGGGUUUAAUGAUUUGGUGGAUUUUGAUUUGCUGGCUCCCAGUGGAGGCGCCUUAGCAGCUCCUACGGCAUCAUGGGGAGAUCUUCUGGGUGAGGACUCUUUUUCAGCUCCUGCUGCAGCUCAGCCAUCUGAAACUGACGCUGCUGCUCCGGCUAAGUCUGCAGAAGCAGGCGCUGCUGCGGCUGCAACGGAACCUGCGGCUAAUGCUAACGCUAGCACUGCUGCCCCUGCAGCUCCAGCCUCGCUGUCCACGCCUGCCCCACCCACCUCCAUCUCAGACAUGGACCUGUUCGGAGACGCGUUUGCCCCCUCCCCAGGCGACGGGCCAGCUGACGGCGGGGCUCCUGCAGCCGCUGCUGAUGCAUGUGCCGGAUCUGACCCCUGGGCUACCUCUGAGGGGAGUGUGGACGUUGCUCCAGAGCUGGACCUUUUUGCCAUGAAGCCAGCAGAGGGCAGCACUGCUGCAGAAAGCCCAGCUAACGGAGAGCCGAGCAUCGCCCCCAGUGACCCCGCUGCCGCCCCCAGCGCCCCUGCCGACCCCACCACAACCACCCCCACCACAACCACAGAGUCAGCGGCCGCUCCGCCACUAGACAUCUUUGGUGAUAUGUUUGAUUCUGUGCCUGAGCAAAGCCCCACCACAGAGUCCAAAGCUGCCGUUACACCCACUGCUAACGUAGACCUGUUUGGUGCAGACCUUCCUGCUGUCUCUCGGGGGCCUUCGCCCUUGCCUGAGGCCCCAGUCACUGGUGACCUUUUAUCGGACUCCUUCAUUGCACCGACUCCGGUUGUGACCGCGGCUCCAGCCGCUGCUCCGACUCCAGCUCCGAUUCCAGAGCCGACUCCAGCUCCAGUUUCGGCUCCAGCUCCAGCUCCUGCAUCUCCUCCCAAACCUGAGGCUCUUGUUCUGGAUCUGCUGGAUGCUUUUGGUGACCCUAUUACAGAGCCUCAAAGUACUCAGAGUACAGCACCUGCUGGAGAUCUGCUCGGAGGUCUGAUUUCACCAGUGGCCCCAACAGUCGCCCCAGUUGCACCCAUUCCAUCCGGAACUCAAGCUGACCUGCUGGACUCUGGUUUUGAUGCCUUUGCCUCCAGUCCUCCGGCCUCCACAGCGGCGGACACGGCACCAACCUCUUCAGCGCCCUCUGGAGGAUUCGACCCAUCAGUGUUUGAUGGGUUAGGUGACCUCCUUAUGCCCACCAUAACGCCCCAGAGUACUGGAGGGACCCCAGUGGCUGCAAGCCCGGGCCCAGCAGUAAUGCCAGCUGCCGUUCCCACCAUGAUGCCCACUAUGAUGCCCACCAUGAUGCCCACAGCAGCUCCACAACCCAAACCCAUUGGUGGAGACCUGGACUCAUCUCUUGCGAACCUCGUCGGAAAUUUGGGAAUGGGAAACCAGAAAAAGGAUGAGAAAAAGCUGACCGGCGGUGCCAACUGGACUCCACAGGUUGCACCCACCAGCUGGGGCACACCUCCAGCACAGAUGCCCGGUGCUGUUCCAGGAGCCGCUGCCGGAGCUCCCCCUGCUGGAACCAUGCCACCUGCCAUCGGGGCACAGCCUGGAUUUAGCAUGCCCCCAGCUGCUGGUGCUGGAGCUCCCUUGAUGGGCCAGCCGAUGAUGAUGGGUCAGCCUAUGAUGAGGCCACCUUUUGCAGGAGCAGCUGCACCUGCAGCUCCGAUUUCUCCAGGCCCAGCAGUGCAGAGCCCUAAAAAGCCUCCAACUAAAGACCCUUUGGCUGACCUCAACAUUAAGGACUUCUUGUAAUUUCCCAGUGUUUUGGUGCUGGGCUCCAGUGAGAUUUGAGAGUGGUGGGUCCGCUGAUCGUUUACACACCUUCAGUUAGCCACAACCCAAAAACACACACACCCUUGCCCUCCCCCUCCCGCUCCAUGUUAUGUCGUAGCACAAACUGUGAAGUGAACCGUAGAGAAAAAAGUUUAAAAAAGACAAAAAGAAAACAGCGAAGGUGUGCUUAUGUCGAUGUAAUCAAUUUUUGAAACUGAACAAAACCCAAAAAAAGAAUCUAAAAUGAACGAUUUAAAAAAGUGUAUGUAGAGUAUGAGUUUUUUCCAGUGUUGAGCAUCUGAGUUUGAAUGAAAAUUGAGUGUGCGUGUGUGUCUGUAUGUGUGUGUGUGUGUGUGUGUGUAUGCCCCAGUUUAUUGUGGUGGGGGGAGUCACAGUCCCACUUCCUGUUUUAUGUCCAUUUCGGAGCAGCGUGUGCCAUUGUGUCAUAUGCAGAAGGUACUAAUGUGUAUAUAGUUGGAAAAAAAAAAAAAAUCUAAAAGUCUCGCUCUGUAUCUGUGGAUGAGCUUAUUGACGUGAACCUGAUUAUGAAACUUUGGCGUGGUCAUCUCGCUUCAUUGGUUAUCUACAUAUUUGUUUCUCAAUAUAACUUCAUGAGAUACACAUACGCAGUAUAUGUAUGAAUGAGUAUCAAAUCUGGGCUUCUAAAUUCUAUAUAUAAAAACCCUCUUAAAUACAGAUAUUCGUUGGUUUUGGAUGGUCACUUGUGUUUUUCCCUUCCUGUUCUAACUUUUUGAUAAAAAUGUUUAGAUGAUGAAACUUUACAGGCCUCAAUGUUAAGGAAAUAGGCAGACCAAAUAUGCUAACAUAGCUAACAAAGAAAGAAUAAAGCUAAUAAUGCUAAUUGUAAGCUAUGUUAGCAUUUCAUAUCAGCUCCUAAAAGAUUUCAACUGUUUUCAAAACAUGUUUUUGAUUAUUGGGGCUCCAGGUUGUCCUGAACCAGUUCUACUAUGCUAACCCCGGUAAACUGCCCAUGUUUCAGGGGACAGAAAUAAAAUCCCCCACAAUCCCCCACUGUUUCUGUUUCAGUGGUGUUUUGGUUUUCAUAAUUGCUUGUGAUGUUUAAAUACCAAGUGUAAGAUGGUCGGUGUUAUUUUUGUAUAAAUGUAGACAAAAAUGUUCGGUCCCGUCCCCAUUUGACCCCACUUGACCACGAUAUUGAUCCAGGAUCCAGUCUGUUCUGUGUAAUUUUGAAAUUGCAUUAAUCUUACACCAUGUGUUGGUGAAAGGUACAGUAGAUUUAUAAUGAAAGAGGAGUCAGUGACUGUUUUCAUCUGUCUGUGUCUAAAACCCUAUUGGAGCUAGAUUAGUUUUCCUAGAGGAUGUUAUCUGACUUUGGCUGGCCAGUAUAUGGGUAAUUUCCCAAAUAUGCGGCAAAUAUACAGCAGAUUCAUACUGGAUUAAACCAGUGUCAGAUUUUAAAAUAACUCACAUUCUUUUUGUUAAACUGUAAACACCAAAAUUACUGCAGAUUAAUACUGGAUAAACCAUUAUCCAAUUACUACUGUCAGAUUUUAUACACUGCACACACUACAGAUUCAUACUGGAUUAAACCAUUCUCCAAUUACUACUCUAAUGACUGCUGUUCAUACUGGAUUGAACCAAUUACCAAAUAUUACUGUCAGUUUUUAAACAUUGCACAUACUACAGAUUCAUACUGGAUUAAACCACCGUGCAACUUUUACUGUCAGAUAUCAAAUAUUACACACAAACCACAGAUUCAUACUGGAGUAAACAACUCUCCAGUUACUACUCUCAGAUUAUAAACACUGCAAACGGCAAAUUCAUACUGAAUUAAACCACUGUCCAGUUAUUACUGUCAGAUUUUAGACAUUAUACACAAACUACAGAUUCCUAAUGGAGUAAACCACUGUCCAAUUAUUACUGUCAGAUUUUAAACACUACACACACUACAGAUUCAUACUGGAUUAAACUCAGACUGUAAAAUCUGCACAGACUGCAGAUUCAUACUGGUUUAUUAUGAUGAUAUGAUUCAGGUAAACUGUCAACACCACACACACUGCAGAUUCAUAAUGGAUAUUAAUCAGUCCACAGUUAUUACUGUCAGACUGCACACACUGCACUACAUACAGAUUCAUACUGGAUUUAAAUCACUUCACAGUUAUUACAGACUGUAAAACUAGAGACACUGCAGAUUCAUAAUGGAUAAAAUUCACUUCACAAUUACAACAUACUGGAUCACCCAACUAAUGUAGUUCCAGUAGGGUUUUAGAUCAGGUUUAUUUGGCCUUGUCCAGGCUGUUCAGAGGUGGUAGAUGUGUGUGAGUGUGUUUCCAGAAGAGUUCACUGUUAAACAGUGUUACUGGUAAUGGACAUGUGGACCCAGUGCAGUCUGUUCCGUAUCGUUUGCUCCCACAAUAGACCAUGUUCUGCUUGUUCUUCUAUCAGAUAACUGUAAACCUUCGGUUAUUGUGAAAAAUGAUUGGUAGGAAACGGCGGAAGAUAAUCUCUUUUCGUUUUUUUAUUUUUAUUUUUCAGAUUUAUUUAUUUAUGUAUUUAUUUAUUUUAUUUAUUCAGAUAUCUAUGACUCCCUGACCCAGUGCAUGUAAGCCUUUUGAGAUGCAAUAAAAUACACUAAAGAUGAAAA